AUGGCAUCAAAUGUUAAACUUCAAAAGAAAGGGAAAUCGGUGGCUGCUAGGGAGAUCGUGUUUGAAGAUCCAACUACAAGCUUGGUGGAAAAUAAUGAUGAUAUGCAUGGUGAAUUGGUGGAGACAUUAGCAUUCCAAGAGUUGUUAUCGAAUGCAAUGUCAUUCCAAGAUUCAUCUUCACAACGUGCACAAGAUUCAUCUUUUCAAGUGAUUUUAGAAAAGUAUUCUCGACGCCUCUAA